AUGUCGUCCGCGAGCGAGCGGGGGAGGGGCCAGGAGGCGGAGGCGGAGGCGGAGGGGCGGCCGGUGCAACGCUAUUGCGCGUCGGAGGUGGGGCUGGCGGGGCUCCAGUCCGCGCGGGUGGUGGCGGAGGAGCUGCAGGUGGGGACGCAGGAGGGGAUGCUGCGCGCGGCGGGGGAGGGACGGCCACGCGUCGUGCGGGCGGCGGGGGAGGCGCGGACGGCGUCCCGACGUCUGAAGCCGAACGCUGACGAGCGGGCGGAGGAGGCGGAGCCAAGGUUGACCUGCGCGCCGGAGGUGGGGGAGGUACCGCGCGGCCAGGAGCUGCCGGGCUGCUUUCCGUUUGCUGCACGGCUAUGGAUACAGGACGAACGGGAGGAGGCGGAGGGGGUGCCCUGCCGAGACCAGAGGGCGGUGCCGGGACCGCGCGUCCAGGAAGAGCAGACGAGGGGCGCGGCGGUGGAGCAGGGGCUGCUCGUCCAUUCGUGGCGGGGGAAGAGGUCCGUGCAGGGAGCGUUGGAGGCACAGGCGAGGAGCCAGGACGAGGCGGUGGGACCUUCCUCGGUGCUGGGACCGAGCGUACGGGGAGAGUUGGAGCUGCACGGGCAGGGGGCGCCGCGGGAGGUUUCGCAACGGAAGACCGAUUGGGUGGCGGAGGAGGAGCCGCAGACGAAGAAGUCGCGUCACGUCGAGGUAUGGAUGGCGGUUUUCCUAGAGCAGGUGGUUUACCUGUCCAUAACCGUGAGCGGGCUGGUGAACCAAGGUUCCAAUGCACAUACCCAGAGCACUCUGGCCUGCGGGUUUGAGUUUCGGCAUGCCACCCGCGAAGAGCCCACCGAGUUGCGGCGGGCCACCCGCAGAGGCUGA